CGCGAGCUUUGCGUCUUCUGUUCGCUGGUGUAAGAUGGCGGAGGCAAAUUAAGCUGCAACCCCAGAUUUUAGUGAAUGAAAGCAUGCUGGACUGGUGUUGUCAAGUCAUUUACCCAGAAGAAAGUAGGAACUAGUUAAAAUGAAAGUUGACAGAAGCAAAUUAAAGAAGACCCCAACAGAGGCGCCUGCUGACUGUAGGACGCUUAUAGAAAAAUUGAAGGGAUGCAACGACGAACAGCUGCUGCUUGAACUGCAGCAUAUAAAGACCUGGAAUAUCGGCAAGUGUGAGCUGUACCACUGGGUGGACUUGUUGGACCGCUUUGAUGGAAUCCUAUGUGAUGCUGGACAGACUGUGGAGAACAUGUCCUGGCUGCUGGUGUGUGAUCGGCCAGAAAACGGUCAGCUUAAGGCCCUGCUGCUGGCUGUGCUCAACUUUACAGCUCUACUGAUCGAGUAUAGCUUCUCAAGACAUCUCUAUAGUUCAAUAGAGCACCUGACCACACUGCUGGCAUCAUGUGACAUGCAGGUGGUCUUAGCUGUGCUGAACCUCCUUUAUGUCUUCAGCAAGAGGUCCAACUACAUCACCCGGUUGGGCUCUGACAAGAGAGCCCCUCUACUAGCACGUCUCCAACACCUGGCCGAGAGCUGGGGAGGGAAGGAGAAUGGCUUUGGUCUGGCUGAGUGCUGCAGGGACCUGCCUAUGUCGAAAUAUCCUCCAAGUGCCACAACACUGCACUUUGAAUUCUACGCUGAACCUGGAUCAGAGGUCAAAGUGGAAAAGAAGACAAGCAGUAAUACACUACACUACAUUCAUAUAGAACAGCUUGAUAAGAUCUCUGAAAGCCCAUCAGAGAUCAUGGAGUCAUUGACAAUCAUGCACAGCAUCCCGAAGGAUAAACAGAUGCUGCUCUUCACACACAUCCGCCUGGCACAUGGCUUCUCUAACCACAAGAAGAGGCUGCAGGCUGUGCAGGCCAGACUACAUGCAAUCUCUAUACUGGUGUACUCCAAUGCACUUCAGGAGUCGGCAAACAGCAUCCUCUACAAUGGUCUAAUAGAGGAACUGGUGGAUGUGUUACAGAUCACGGAUAAACAACUGGUGGACAUCAAGGCAGCAUCCUUGCGUACUCUGACCUCCAUAGUCCAUUUGGAGCGAACUCCCAAACUGUCCAACAUCAUUGACUGCACUGGCACAGCCUCCUAUCACGGCUUCCUGCCUGUAUUGGUGCGCAACUGCAUACAGGCCAUGAUUGACCCCUUGAUAGAGCCUUACCCCCACCAGUUUGCCACGGCUCUCUUCUCCUUUCUGUAUCACUUGGCCAGCUAUGAUGCUGGCGGUGAGGCCCUGGUCUCAUGUGGUAUGAUGGAGGCUCUGCUGAAGGUGAUAAAGUUCCUUGGAGAUGAGCAGGACCAGAUUACCUUUGUGACACGUGCUGUCAGAGUGGUUGACCUCAUCACCAACCUAGACAUGGCUGCCUUCCAGUCUCACAGUGGGCUCUCCAUAUUCAUCUGCAGGCUGGAGCAUGAGGUGGACCUGUCCAGGAAGGAGUGUCCCUUUGUCAUCAAGCCAAAGAUCCAAAGGCCCAGCACAACUGCAGACACUGAGGACAUGGACACCGAUACAGACGUGCCAGACAUUGCUAUGGAGAGCAGCCCUGGUCCUUCCACAUCGUCUGAGCCCCGACCAGAAACGGAAAACCGUGUGCAGAGCAGCUCUACAUUCACACCCAGACCCGGUGUGCAGUGCAUCCCCCAAAGAGCAGCUCUUUUGAAGUCUAUGCUGAACUUCUUGAAAAAAGCCAUCCAGGACCCUGCCUUUUCCGAUGGAAUCCGUCAUGUAAUGGAUGGCUCCUUGCCUACCUCACUGAAGCACAUCAUUAGUAAUGCGGAGUACUACGGCCCUUCUCUUUUCCUCUUGGCCACGGAGGUGGUGACUGUGUUCGUGUUCCAAGAGCCGUCUCUCCUCUCAUCACUGCAGGACAAUGGACUCACUGAUGUCAUGCUGCAUGCUCUGCUCAUCAAAGACGUCCCUGCCACCCGUGAGGUGUUGGGCUCUCUGCCCAAUGUCUUCAGUGCCCUGUGCCUCAAUGCCCGGGGUCUCCAUUCAUUUGUCCAGUGCCAGCCUUUUGAGCGCCUCUUUAAGGUGCUGCUGUCCCCUGACUAUCUGCCUGCUAUGCGCCGUCGCCGUAGCUCUGAUCCUCUAGGAGACACAGCUUCAAACUUGGGCAGUGCAGUGGAUGAACUUAUGCGGCACCAGCCCACUCUCAAGACAGAUGCAACAGCUGCCAUUAUCAAGCUGCUGGAGGAGAUCUGCAACCUGGGCCGAGCCCCGGAGUACAUCUGCCAGAAACCCUCCAUUCAGAAGCCGGACGGGACGGUGUCAGCACCGCCUGCUCGUUCCAGUCAUGCUGCUGAAGAGGCCUCCAGUGAAGAUGAAGAGGAGGAGGAGGCACUGCACUCCUUCAGCCAGCAACAGGGAGAGCCAGAGAGCAGCAGGCAAGUGGUUGGUACAGAAGAGAGGAUACCCAUUCCCCUAAUGGACUACAUACUGAAUGUGAUGAAGUUUGUGGAGUCAAUCCUCAGUAAUAACACCACGGAUGACCACUGCCAGGAGUUUGUGAACCAGAAAGGACUUUUGCCCCUCGUGUCCAUCCUGGGGUUGCCCAACCUGCCCAUAGACUUCCCCACCUCUGCAGCCUGCCAGGCUGUGGCUGGGGUCUGCAAGUCUAUACUGACUCUGUCCCACGAGCCUAAGGUGCUGCAGGAAGGUCUUUGCCAGCUGGAUCUGAUCCUGACAGCUUUGGAACCCUUACACCGGCCUAUUGAGGCCCCUGGUGGCUCUGUGCUGUUGCGUGAGCUUGCCACGGCUGGUCAUGUGACCGAUGCCACGCUGUCAGCCAGUGCCACUCCCCUGUUGCACGCACUCACUGCUGCACAUGCCUACAUAAUGAUGUUUGUACACACCUGCCGUGUUGGACAGAGCGAGAUCAGGGCCAUCUCCGUGAACCAGUGGGGCUCCCAGCUGGGCCUCAACGUGCUCAACAAGCUGAGCCAGCUGUACUGCUCACUGGUGUGGGAGAGCACAGUGCUUCUGUCGCUCUGCACACCCAACAGCUUGCCACCAGGGUGUGAGUUUGGACAGGCUGACAUGCAGAAGCUGGUGCCCAAGGAGGAGAGACCAGGAAGCACAGUCACAAUUUCCACCGCUGCAGCUGGACCGGGGGCCAGGAGGACAGAGGGUGAUAGUGAUGGUGCACCAGUGGGCGUUGAACCCUCAGCGCAGGGCCUGUUGGAGGGUAUAGGACUGGAUGGGGAUGCACUGGCUCCCAUGGAGACAGAUGAGCCCACUGUGGCAGAUCCCAAGGCCAAGUCCAAACUCACUCCCGCCAUGGCCGCACGCAUCAAGCAGAUCAAGCCUUUGCUUUCUGCAUCGUCACGUUUGGGCCGUGCUCUGGCAGAGCUCUUUGGCCUGCUGGUGAAGCUCUGUGUGGGCUCCCCAGUCCGCCAGCGGCGCUCCCAUCAUGCAGCCAGCACUGGCACAGCACCCACUCCAGCAGCCCGUGCCACUGCCUCUUCCCUCACUAAGCUGCUCACCAAAGGACUCAGCUGGCAGCCACCUCCAUACACACCCACACCCCGUUUCAGGCUAACGUUUUUCAUCUGCUCGGUCGGCUUUACCUCUCCCAUGCUGUUCGAUGAGCGGAAGUACCCGUACCACCUCAUGCUGCAAAAGUUCUUCUGCUCUGGUGGGCAUGAUGCCCUGUUUCAGACCUUUAACUGGGCCCUUUCAAUGGGAGGCAAGGUGCCAGUGUCAGAGGGCCUGGAGCACCCUGAGCUGCCAGACGGUACGGGUGAGUUCCUGGAUGCUUGGCUGAUGCUUGUGGAGAAGAUGGUGAAUCCAAGCACUGUGCUGGACUCCCCCCACGCUCUCCCUGCCAAGGUGCCUGGUUCUAGCCCUGCCUCUCCACAGUUCAGCGCCCUUCGCUUUCUCAUUGUCACUCAGAAGGCGGCAUUCAGCUGCAUCCGUAACCUGUGGAACCGCAAGCCCCUGAAGGUGUAUGGUGGUCGCAUGGCUGAGUCUAUGCUGGCCAUCUUGUGCCAUAUACUCAGGGGGGAGCCUGUUAUCCGUGAGCGACUGGCCAAGGAGCGGGAGGGAGGUCCUCGGCCUGAGGAGGAGGGUGGGACUAGUGCACCUGUGGGAAGUGGUGGUGCUAUAGGGGCUGCAGGCAGCACUUCUGUAGGAGCCGGACCUGCUGGGGCAAGUACAGGGAUUGGAGCAGCUGAAGAAAGCAAUGCCUCAGCCUCCAGGAGGGAGCCUCAGGUCAAUCAGCAGCAGCUGACUCAGCUGAUGGACAUGGGAUUCUCCAGAGAGCAUGCCAUGGAAGCCUUGCUCAACACCAGCACCAUGGAGCAAGCCACCGAGUACCUGCUGACCCACCCGCCACCACUCCUGAGUGGUGCUGUCAGGGAUCUUGGUAUGUCAGAGGAAGAUCAGAUGAUGAGAGCCAUUGCUAUGUCUUUGGGACAGGAAGUCAGCAUGGAGCAGCGUUCUGAUUCACCAGAGGAGGCUGCACGGCGGCGUGAGGAGGAAGAGCGGCGGGCACGGGAGCGUGUGGAAGAAGAGGAGGCACGCUGCUUAGAGCGCUUUCUUGAGGCAGAGCCCCUGGACUGCUCUGAGUUGCAAGCUUUCACUGAUUCUAUGUUGCCCGGCUGCUUCCAUCUGCUAGAUGAGCUGCCUGAUACUGUUUACCGUGUCUGCGACCUGCUCAUGACGGCCAUUAAGAGGAAUGGCCCUGAGUUCCGAGACCUCAUCCUUAGGCAGGUUGUUAAUCAGGUGUGGGAAGCUGCAGAUGUGCUGAUCAAGGCAGCUCUCCCUCUCACUACCAGUGAUACCAAAACCGUGCUGGAGUGGACCAGCCAGAUGACCACACUACCCCAGGCCUCAAACCUUGCCACACGCAUAUUGCUGUUGACACUGCUAUUUGAGGAGCUGAAGCUGUCCUGUGCCAGAGUGGUGGAGAACAGUGGGAUCCUUAACGUGCUGGUAAAGCUCCUGGAGGUGGUGCAGCCCUGCCUGCAGGCAGCUAAGGAGCAGAAGGAAGUUCAGACACCCAAGUGGAUCACUCCAGUACUACUUCUCAUUGACUUCUAUGAAAAGAUGGCUGUCUCAUCCAAAAGAAGAGCACAGAUGAACAAAUACCUGCAACCUAAUGGUAAUAACUGGCGCUGGUUUGAUGACCGCUCAGGCCGCUGGUGCAGCUACAGUGCCAGCAAUAAUAGCACCAUCGACUUGGCAUGGAGAGCAGGCGAGAGCAGCGUGCGCUUUACUGCAGGCCGCCGCAGAUAUACUGUCCAGUUCAACACCAUGGUCCAGGUAAAUGAAGAGACUGGGAACCGGCGGCCUGUCAUGCUGACAGUUCAGCGAAUGCCACGUGUCCCCAAAUCCUCCAAGAAUGGCAGCUCAAAUGACACCGAGCGCGAGAGGGAGGAGGUAGAGGAGGAACGAGCAAGUAAGGCUGAGGAGGGGCCAGCUGAUUCAGAAUCUGCCCCAUAUGCAGUGGAAAUGACUGUUCCUAAAGAGGCUGGGCAGGAGCCUAAGGAUUCCUCAGGUUCAGUCCCAGCCCCUCCUGCAGUUCCUCCCCCUCCCAGCCAGGAGUCACUGGCAGCAGAGCCUGGCAGCGUGGUCAUACAAGGCCUGUCAGAUGAGAUGACUACGGUGCUGAUCCGUGCCUGUGUCAGUAUGAUCAGUGUGCCGGUGGAUCCGGACACCCUCCAUGCCACACUUCGGCUCUGUCUGCGUCUGACGCGCACACACCACUAUGCCAUGAUGUUUGCCGAGCUCAAGAGCACCCGCAUGAUCCUGGGGCUGACGCAGACCUCUGGGUUCAGUGGAUUUACACCUCUGGUCACGUUGCUCUUCCGCCAUAUCAUCGAGGACCCUGCCACACUGCGUCACACCAUGGAGAAGGUGGUGCGUUCAGCUGUGACGAGUGGGGCAGGCAGCACUACCUCGGGUGUGGUGUCGGGCAGCCUGGGCUCACGGGAGAUCAACUACAUCCUCCGUGUGUUAGGCCCUGCUGCCUGCCGGAGCCCUGAGUGCUUCAUAGAAACAGCCAGCAGCUGCAUGCGCAUUGCCCUGCCAGCACCCAGGGGCACAGGGACUGCAUCAGACGAUGAGUUUGAGAAUUUGCGCAUCAAAGGUCCAAAUGCUGUGCAGCUGGUAAAGACCACCCCUCUCAAGCUGUCUCCACUACCUUCCAUUCCUGACACCAUCAAGGAAGUCAUCUAUGACAUGCUCAAUGCCUUGGCUGCCUACCAUGCUCCAGAAGAGGCAGAGAGAGGAGAGGGCAGACUUGUGACAACAUCCGCCAGCCAGGACCUCUGUCAAAUUCUCCAAGAUGUUGGAGAUGACGUGUACCAGCAGUACAGGUUGACACGACAGGGCAGUGACUUUGACUCCCAAACUGCCUUCAGCAUCAAUACUCAGGUUUUUGCGGCCGACGGCAGUGCAGCAGAGUCAUCCCAGUCUGGCACACCACAAGGAGAAGCCUCAACUCCUGAGGAAACUCGAGAUGGGAAGAAAGAUCGUGAUGGGGAGAGAGGCACCACCUCAGAGGAUGGGCGGGGGGCAAAGAGCAAGGCCAGCAAACCUCUGAUGCCCACUUCUACCAUCUUGAGGCUACUGGCAGAGUUGGUGCGCUCUUAUGUUGGCAUUGCCACUCUCAUUGCAUCCUACUGCUACACCGCUGGUCAAUCUGAGCUCAUCAAGGAGGACUGCAGUGUGUUGGCUUUUGUUCUGGACCACCUGCUCCCACACACACAGAACUCUGAGGACAAGGACACCCCUGCUCUUGCACGACUUUUCCUGGCCAGCUUGGCUGCUGCAGGCACAGGCACUGAUGCUCAAGUGGCGCUGGUCAAUGAGGUGAAGGCCGCCCUGAGCCGUGCCCUGGCUAUGGCAGAAAGCACAGAGAAACAUGCUCGGCUGCAGGCUGUCAUGUGCAUCAUAAGUACCAUCAUGGAGUCCUGUCCAUCCACCUCCAGUUUCUACAGCACAGCUACUGCUAAGACCCAACACAAUGGUGUCAACAACAUUAUCCGCCUGUUCCUCAAGAAAGGCCUGGUGAAUGACCUGGCACGUGUGCCACACAGUCUCGACCUGUCCAGUCCCAACAUGGCGAACACAGUGAACGCAGCCCUGAAACCUCUGGAGACUCUGUCUCGUAUAGUGAACCAGCCCAGCAGCCUGUUUGGAGGCAAAGGCAGCUCCAGCAAGAGUAAGACUGAGCACGAGACUGCAGGGGCACCUAGGGACAGCAACAGCAACACACAGGAACAAGGCGAUAGUGGAGAAGCUGAACCAGUGGAGGGCAACGCACCUGUCCAGGGGACCGACAAUGACCUAAUGGAUGGGGAAACUGAGGGGGACACGGUGGUCAUUGCUGGUCAGCCCGAGGUUCUCAGCACCCAGGAGAUGCAGGUGGAGAAUGAGCUGGUUGACUUGAUAGAUGAACUUCUGGAAAGAGAUGCUGGGACUGUCAACAGUACCAUCAUUGUUGGGCGUAGUGCUGAGGACGAGUCGCAGGAAGAUGUGCUGAUGGAUGAGGCCCCUUCUAAUCUGAGCCAGGCAUCCACCCUGCAGGCCAAUCGGGAAGACUCUAUGAACAUCUUGGAGCCUGAGGAUGAGGAGCACACACAAGAGGAAGACUCAAGUGGCAGCAAUGAGGAUGAGGACAGUCAAGAUGAAGAGGAGGAAGAAGAAGAGGAGGAGGAGGAAGAUGAUCAGGAUGAUGAAGAGGGUGAUGAGGAUGAUGACGAUGAGGGCUCAGAGAUGGAGUUAGAUGAAGAUUACCCUGAUAUCAAUGCUGCCCCUCACAUUCGUUUCGAGAGAUUCGAUCGAGAUGAUGACCUCAUCAUUGAAUUCGACAACAUGUUUUCCACCACAGCUGACAUCCCUCCAUCUCCAGGUAACAUCCCCAGCUCUCACCCCUUGAUGGUGCGGCAUGCUGACCACGGUUCCCUCACCUUGGGGGCUGCAGGGGCUGGGGGUCGCUUAACGCAGGGGAUGGGCCGCAGCCAGCGCACGCUCCGACAGCUCACAGCCAACACUGGCCAUACCAUCCAUGUCCACUACCCUGGAAACCGGCAGCCUAACCCUCCCCUCAUUCUGCAGAGGCUGUUGGGCCCCAGUGCAGCAGCAGAUAUCUUGCAGCUGUCCAGCUCGCUGCCCUUGCAGUCACGCGGCCGUGCUCGCCUGCUGGUUGGCAAUGAAGAUGUGCACAUCAUUGCCCGAUCUGAUGAUGAACUGCUGGACGAUUUCUUCCAUGAGCAGAGCAGCACAGGAGGGCAAGCAGGCACCCUGUCCAGUAUUCCCACAGCAUUGACACGAUGGACAGAUGAGUGCAAAGUGCUGGAUGCCGAGAGCAUGCACGACUGUGUUGCGGUGGUGAAGGUGCCAAUCCUGCAGCAUUUGGAAAGCCUUCGAGAUGAGGAGCUGGAGGAGCGCAGGGAGAAAAGGAGAAGACAGCUGGUGGAGGAGGAGGAAGCAAAGCAGAAUGAAAAAAGCACAGGCGCUGAGGAAGCCCAGGAACAAAGUCUGCAGGGUUCAGGGUUGAGAGCUGUCAACGGUGUGGGGCAGAACACAGCUGAAGGUGAACAAGCCCAGUGUGUUGCCUCAUCCUGCCUGGACCCACCGCGUGUUUCUGAGGGCUUCCUGACUGCUCCUCCUUCAGGAGAGGCCACACCCACCACCCCUGCUCCUUCUCAUGAGCCAGCCCUGGUCUCCCUGGAGACUGCUGUCACUCAGCAAGUGCACCAACCUAUUGCAGAUCUCCUGCUGGCUGAAUCACAUGCUGAUACACUUGUGGCCUUAGCUGCAGCAGAUCUCCCUGAGAUGGCAGCAUCUCAUAGGCCAAACUGUGAGGCAGAGGCGUCUCAGAUGGAAAUGUCUCCUGCACCCACUAUUGCUUCUCUCAGCCCGGAGAGAGUUGAAAGUUCAGAGCCUCUUGCAGUGAGUGUGUCCCAUAGGGAGGGGUCACCCAUGGACACAAGCAGUCCUGCUUCUGCUGGCCAGGAAGACUCCACCUCCAGUUCUGCACAGACCAGUCAUACAGCACAGGAGGCAUCUACCUGUCAAGAUACCAACCAGACUGAUAGGCAGACUGAUGGGGAGGCAGGGUCUGCAAUUGUGUCAUCUCCUGGAGACACUAUGCCAAGAAGUGACAGUAGUGACAGCCAAUCCCAGGUUGUGCAGCAGGAACCUCUCCCAUCAACUAGCAAUGAGGAGGAUGACCCUCUUGCAGGUAUCAGCCUCCCAGAGGGAGUGGAUCCCUCCUUUCUAGCUGCUCUUCCUGAGGAUAUCCGCCGGGAGGUCCUCCAAAACCAGCUAGGCAUUCGGCCUCCCUCGAGGCCCCCUGUUGCCCCCACACUGCCCAGUUCAACGGCAUCUGUGCUUGGCAGUGGUCAGGGAGUCACGGAGGUCAGUCCAGAAUUCCUGGCUGCCCUGCCCCCUGCCAUUCAGGAAGAGGUCCUGGCUCAGCAGCGUGCUGAGCAGCAGCGGCGGGAGCUUUCUCAGCAGGCAACACAGGGUGACCAGCCCCUGGACCCUGUUACCUUCAUCCAGACACUGCCAUCUGAACUGCGCCGUAGUGUCUUGGAGGACAUGGAAGACAGUGUGUUGGCUGUCAUGCCACCAGACAUUGCUGCUGAGGCAGCUGCGUUACGCCGCGAGCAGGAGGCCCGCCAGAGACAGCUGAUGCAUGAGAGGCUGUUUGGACACAGCUCAUCCUCUGCACUCUCCGCUAUCCUGCGUUCCCCAGCCUUCACCAGCAGGCUAGGUGGUAACCGAGGUGUGCAGUACACCCGCCUGGCUGUCCAGAGGGGUGGAGCUUUCCAAAUGGGAGGCGGGGCCAACAACAGUCGACCAUCCAGCUCUAAUGUGGACUCCCUGUUGAGACUGCGGGGUCGGCUUCUUCUGGACCAUGAGGCACUGUCCUGCCUGCUGGUGCUGCUGUUUGUUGAUGAGCCCAAGUUAAACACCAGCCGGCUGCACCGCGUGCUGCGCAACCUGUGCUACCACUCGCAGACACGUGGGUGGGUUAUUCGCAGCCUUCUAUCCAUCCUGCAGCGCAGCAGCGAGAGUGAGCUCUGUCUGGAGACAUGUCGCAGUGAUGACUCCCGUGGAAAGCGGGGUAUGGCCUUGGGUGGAGCUAAGAGCUCUUCCAUCUCCUCAUCUUCCUCUUCCACCCCACCUUCCUCUUCUGCUUCACUGGAACUGUUGAACCGUGUGGAGGCGCGCAGCUCCAGCCAGCUUUCCUGGCUGUCAGUCUCCAUGGAUGCGGCACUGGGCUGUCGCACCAACAUCUUUCAGAUCCAGCGGGCCACAGGUCGCAAGCACUCGGACCGGCACUCCGCUGCAGGGGGAGCGGGGGUGUCUGGUGCGGCAGGAAGUGGAGGGGGAGUGACAUGUGGAGGUGGUGGCUCAACAGUACACAUCCACCCCCAGGCUGCCCCGGUAGUAUGUCGGCAUGUGCUUGACACUCUCAUCCAACUGGCCAAGGUCUUCCCCAGCCACUUUACCCAGCAGCGUUGUAAAGACCUCUCAGCCUCCUCUUCUUCCUCGUCCUCAGAGCUUGACUCCCGCCUUUGUACUGGGACUGCUUCUGGGACAGGGAGCGGGGGCGGCAGGUCCCUCACCCCUUCCCAAACCGCAUCUACCACAGUUGCCUCUGCCACACCAUCUUCCAGCAGCAGCUCCAUGGGAGCUUGCACUGCCCCUAGCUCGGUGACCCCACAGUCUCUGGGCAUUUCCACAGACUUUUGGGACUUGCUGGUUAAGCUGGACAACAUGAAUGUGAGCCGCAAGGGCAAGGCCUCGAUGAAGACUGUUCCACUAGGGGGUGCUGCAGAAGUGGAGGGGACUCAGGGCAGCCUGGAGACAUCUCCACUGGGACAGCUGAUGAACAUGCUCUCCCACCCAGUUAUUCGUCGUAGCUCCCUGCUCACUGAAAAGUUGCUAAGGCUACUCUCACUCAUCUCUAUUGCACUGCCUGACAACAAGGCCACUGAGGUGCCUGCUGGUCACCCAGUGCCUGUGGUGUCCACCACAGGUGCGGCUGCUGCGACCACAACUAGCCAAGGAGCCACCAGCAGUAGUUCUACAGCAGUUGCAGGCCAAGGAAUGACAUCAGGGUCUGGCUCUGUGCCAACACAGCCUACGGCUGUCCCAGUGUCCACUGCGACCUCCACUGUAGGCGCAUCUGCAGCAACCAAGCAGCGGGUGUCAGUCAGCAGUGCAGACAGCGACAGCAAGCUGGCCUCCACGGGCCUUACGGAGAAACAGCUGCAGCUCUCUGUGGAGGUGCUCACGUCACACUCGUGCUCAGAGGAGGGUUUGGAGGAUGCUGCAAACAUUCUGCUGCAGUUGUCGAGAGGCGACUCAUCCACACGGGACACUGUGCUCAGACUGUUGCUCAGUGGGGCCCGGCAGCUAGGCUACACGCUCUGCAAGCAGAUUGGAACUCUGUUGGCUGAGCUGCGGGAGUAUAACUUGGAGCAGCAGCGGAGAGCCCAGGCUGAUGCCCACUCCCCGGAGGGCACUCCUGAUGAUGCUGCCCACUCAUCACGGCUAAAGGGAAAGAUGACCAGCAGGUUUGAUGGGGCAGAGAGUGUUGUGAUUGUGGCUGCCCAGAAACGCACGCUUGGUGGGCGGGAGCUACAGCUGCCCUCCAUGAGCUCACUGACCUCCAAGACAUCCAUGCAGAAGUUUUUCCUGCGUGUCCUGCAGGUGAUCAUCCAGUUACGGGAGGACACACGACGCGCCAACAAGAAGGCCAAACAGACAGGUCGUCUGGGCUCUUCUAACCUGGGAUCAGCGAGCAGCAUCCAGGCUGCGGUACGUCAGCUGGAGGCUGAAGCGGACGCCAUCAUUCAGAUGGUGAGGGAGGGGCAGCGGGCACGCCGGCUACAGCAGCAGGCUCCCCCACCCUCCACCUUCUCUGCCUCCGCCCCCGAACCCCCAGGCACGGCCCCAGCCAACGCCCCCCCUGCCAGCACAGCCAGCACUGCCACGUCGGAGGUCCAGUCAGCUUCAGAAGCCCCACCAGCCCAGCGUGAUGAUUCACCCAUGGAUGUAGACCAGCCAUCCCCUCUUGGACAGGAGUCACAAGAACUUGGUGGGGAGGCUGGCAGCCAGUCAGAACGUGAAGAAAAGGUACCAGACCUUCCUUUGUUGAGUGAGCAGCUUGCAUUGGAUGAGCUCUGGGAUAUGCUGGGAGAAUGCCUGAAAGAGUUGGAGGAGUCACAUGACCAGCAUGCUGUGCUCGUGCUGCAGCCUGCAGUAGAGGCCUUUUUUCUCGUCCACGCCACGGAGAGGGAGAGCAAACCCCAGGUGCGGGACACACGGGAAAGCCAGCUGUCCCACAUUAAGGACGAACCCCCUCCCCUGUCACCAGCACCCCUCACCCCUGCCACGCCUUCCUCCUUGGAUCCCUUUUUCUCCCGGGAGCCCUCCUCCAUGCACAUCUCUGCUAACCUGCCCCCUGACACGCAGAAAUUCCUGCGCUUUGCAGAGACUCACCGCACAGUGCUGAACCAGAUUCUGCGCCAGUCCACAACACACCUAGCAGAUGGCCCUUUUGCCGUGCUGGUCGACUACAUCCGCAUUCUGGACUUUGAUGUCAAGCGCAAAUAUUUUCGUCAAGAGCUGGAACGUCUGGACGAGGGUUUGAGGAAGGAGGACAUGGCCGUGCACGUGCGCAGAGACCAUGUGUUUGAAGACUCCUACCGAGAGCUGCACCGCAAGAGCCCUGAGGAGAUGAAGAACAGACUGUACAUUGUCUUUGAGGGGGAGGAAGGCCAGGAUGCUGGAGGUCUUCUGCGCGAGUGGUACAUGAUUAUCUCCAGGGAGAUGUUCAACCCCAUGUACGCCCUGUUCCGCACCUCCCCCGGGGACCGGGUGACCUACACCAUCAACCCCUCCUCCCACUGUAACCCCAACCACCUGAGCUACUUCAAGUUUGUGGGACGUGUUGUAGCCAAGGCAGUCUAUGAUAACCGGCUCCUGGAGUGCUACUUCACACGGAGUUUCUACAAGCACAUUCUGGGGAAGAGUGUCAGGUACACUGACAUGGAGAGUGAGGAUUAUCAUUUCUACCAGGGCCUUGUCUACCUGCUGGAGAAUGAUGUGUCCACACUGGGAUACGAGCUGACAUUCAGCACAGAGGUCCAGGAGUUUGGAGUGUGUGAGGUCAGAGACCUCAAGCCUAAUGGAGCAAACAUCCUAGUGACGGAAGAAAACAAGAAAGAGUACGUUCACCUAGUGUGUCAGAUGAAAAUGACAGGGGCUAUUCGGAAACAGCUGGCAGCCUUCCUGGAGGGCUUCUAUGAGAUCAUCCCCAAGAGACUAAUCUCCAUUUUCACCGAGCAGGAACUGGAACUACUCAUCUCUGGUCUGCCGACCAUUGAUAUUGAUGACCUUAAGGCUAACACUGAGUAUCACAAGUAUCAGUCCAGCUCCAUACAAAUCCAGUGGUUCUGGAGGGCCUUGCGAUCAUUCGACCAAGCAGACCGCGCCAAGUUCCUGCAAUUUGUUACGGGCACAUCAAAGGUCCCGCUUCAGGGCUUUGCUGCCCUAGAGGGCAUGAAUGGCAUUCAGAAAUUCCAGAUUCACCGUGAUGAUCGCUCCACGGAUCGCUUACCUUCUGCUCACACUUGCUUUAACCAGCUGGACUUGCCAGCCUACGAGAGCUACGAGAAGCUGAGACACAUGCUGCUGUUAGCCAUUCAGGAGUGUUCUGAGGGCUUUGGACUGGCCUAGGCACCAGAACCAUCAGUCUGUGUGCACGCACAUGCUGACGCAGACACACACACAUACGCACGCACACCAGACAAAUAUACAGACUGAUCUGGAUUCUGAGACACACUGAACUUCUAACAUUGAUGCCCUGAUGUACAGGAGUGCUCAGAGAGCAUCGCGCUAGUUUAGACUCCAUAUAUACUGUACAGAGACUGAUUUAAAUACAUAAAUAUGGAGGGAGGCAAGCACAUAUUCACACGCUAUAGUAAGUAUUGAUGGAGAGCUUGUCAAAAUGGCCAGAAAGAUACGCUGGUGUUCCUCUGCAUCCCUACACCCUACCAGAGGUUCAGAACGACAGUUUGAUAACCGUGUAUUUUAUCUUUCAGACACAGCACCACAUAUUAACACUUAAAAUUGUCAUACUGAAUUUUGUGUCUAUCAGUGUGUUUGCCUCUCUCCCUCUGAGGAAAUGCAAAUCUGAAAAAAGAGACAGAAGAUAAUACAUGGAUUAAUGUUUAUUUUUUUUUUUUUUUUUUUUUUUUUUCUUCCCCCCCCCAACUUAGUUUGUGUUUUUUCUCAAAGGUUUGGGGAAGUUAAAUAUACUGCAGUUAAAUUUUUCUUCUCGCUGUAUAAAAUUAACAAAAGGGUUUGUGUGUGUGAAUGAGAUGGUUAUAAACUUUUGGAGAAAAAGCCUUUUGUUGCAAUUUCUUUUUUUUUUUUUUUUUUUCCUUUUGCAAAUUUUCAACAUGUUGAAGUGACUUUAAUUGCCUUGAAACCAAGAGCUUUUUUGGGAGAAAUAUUUUAUCUAAUACGAAGAACAGAAUGAAGAAAUUUGAAGAAAAUGACUGUUCAAGCUGCACCUUCCUGGCAAAUGUUUGGAGUAUUUUUGGAAGGAAAAUGAGGAAAUGUGAAGGAGAGCACACAAGAAAGGUGGCAAAACCCAGACAAGUAGACAUGUGGUUGUUGCAAAUGGUGGCAACAGUCUACAGCCCUUCUCAUGAUAACAAAAUGAAGGGGGUGGGAGGGGGGUGGUGUACAUUUUGGAGCUUCUCAUGGGUCUUAACAUUCUGGAAAAAGGGGCUGAACUGAAUAAUUACUAUAAGAAUAAAUAAAAUGGAGAAACUAAGUUUA